UGGGAUUAACGCACUGAGAUUGGGCAAAGACGAGGGUUUCAGGGGACCAAAAGGAACAUUUGUUUGAAACAUGCCAGAGUGUCUCCACCCCCCAUCAGGACAGACUGACGGAGUGGGCUGGGGACAGGCUACCCCAUAUCCCUUGUGGCUCCCUGAGCACCCCCUGCCCUCUCACCUGGGCCUCCAGACCACAGCCUUGUCCACUCACCAGAGCUCUGGCACCACGGCCACACCAUGCCCGGCCAGGGCCCUACCCAACCCUGCUCCCUCCCAGAUUCCCACCCAGGCAGCCAUUCUCAGGUACACAAUGUGCAGGACUCACUGUGACCUGCCCACCAGGCCCCCCUGAGGCAGGCCCUGCAGAGGCACCAAGCAUUUUGAGGCUCGGAGGUGAGGGUGAGCUUCUGGGUGGCCUUCCCGGAGAAGGGGGCUUAGGGCUGUGCCUGAGCUCCAGGUGGAGCGGGGGGAAUCCAACAUCCCAGAGGGGCUGCAGAAGGCCAAAGAGGCUGGAUGGGUGAGCUGCAGGCCCCCUAGCCCAGAGGCCCGUCAGAGAACUACCCUCAGCUGCCAGGCAUCCGGCCCCACCCUGGAGGAAAGGCAAGGGAUGGCUGGGGUUGGGUGGAGGGAGCCAGGCCAGAGCGCUGCAGGGUGCAUCUUGAUCAGAAGCCUAUCACAGUGGGUGCAGUCCCAGGCAAGCUGCCCCGGGGCACCUCAGGGGCAUAAAGCCUACAGAGGAGCCACCUCAGCUCUGCCCUGCUCCCGUGUCCGGAGGAGACGCCACCUUGCUGCACGGUGCUUCGGGCUCUGCUGAUCCGUUCCCUCCUUGCCCUGCUCUGGGCGUACCCCGGCCAGGCCCAGGUCCCCAUCCAGGCCAACUUUGAUGCCAGCCAGGUGCGCCCAGCCCUGUUUCCUCCUCCUCUCCAAUGAGUCCUCCCAGCUUUGGUGCUGCACCCCGGGUCCCUGUCCACACCCUCUUUGAUCCAGGCUCAGCAGGGCUAGGGGCAGGGGAAACCCCCACCACACCUGCUCCGUCUGACUGGAGUAGGGGUUGGCUGGGGAAGACUGCAGCCUCUGUCCUACCUUUUCAGUUGCAUCCCCCAUCACUCCCCAGGGCCCAAAGUUGGGACAAGUUGCAGUUGCCUGCGCCUCACUGUCCCCCACCCACCCCACAUAGACCUGUGACCUUGCCACAGCCCCGCCCAUCCAGCCAUACCCCCUGGGUGCCAGCUGCAGAUAGGCCGGUGCUGGGCUGGUGGGGACCAGUUGCUCAUGUACUGAGGCCCCCCUCCCUCAGUUCUGCAUUGGGGUCGAGGUGUGUACAGCAGCCCCUGCCCUGGCCAGGAAGCAGCUGUGUCGGGGCAGAAUGUGGUGGGCUCAGGCCCAGGGCACAGGGGCAGCCUCCCAGCCUUCCCUGCACUUGCCCUGCAGUUCCAGGGCACCUGGUACAUGGUCGGGGUGGUGUCAGAUGACCGGGACUUCCUGGACUCCAAGGACACCGGGAAGAUGCCUGUGGUCUUAGUGACCCCCUUGGGGAACGGUGACCUGGCCCUCAAGUUUGGAUACCCCACGCCCGAUGGCGGGUGCCAGAAAACGGACACGACCUUCACCAACGGUGCUGUAGAUGGGCAGUUCAGCAACCCAGCCAUGGCCCUGACUGACGUCCGAGUGGCCUUCUCCGACUACCAGCACUUUACCUUGCUGUACUUGGAGAUGUGGAAAGGGGGCCUGUGGAACCAGUGGCUGCAGAUCGGCUUCGGGUCUGGAAUGUCGCCCCUGUGCCUGCACCAGCGCGUUCUGCACGUGGAAGGCAGAACCGCUGGCUCCUGGUGUCUGUGGCCGCGAGUCCCGCCCCUCCCUGCACCUCGUGCCCCUCCCUGCCCCUCUCUCCCUCUCUUCGCCUCUCCAGCCCCUUCCCUUUAG